ACGUUUUUACCUUCUUCAGCCGCGAAAUGCGAAUUCCCCAUCAGCGUCCAUAUAUUGUUGCAGCCUUAAAUGCACAAUAACACACCAAUGUUCACGGCAGUAUGAACACAGAGCAGUUCGCUGAAACCCACCACAAUCCAAAUAAUAGUCCAGUUUCGACGUCCGUGUUGGCAGAACACGGCACAACACCGGAGGGGAAAGACUUGAAGAAAGGAGCACUGAAAAGAACCCCCUUCUCAAAGUUUAAGAAAGUACACUCUAACUUCAAAUCACCUCUUCAAGUAUCUGAGAGUGCUAAAGUUAGCCCUGCAGAGGAGGUGGCAGAGCUUGAGAGGAGAAGAGAGCAGCUGGACACUGAGAUAGCUCAGCUGGAGGCUGAGGGAUACAGUGUAGAGGAGCUGGAGCAUCAUAUUGAUAAGCUGCAUGAAUAUAAUGACAUCAAAGACAUUGGACAGUUGCUCCUGGGCCGUAUUGCUGCUCUGAAGGGGACCACCACACGAGAUCUCUACAGCCACUUUGGUCUGGAACUUGAUGACUGAAAAUAAAAAAAGACUGGGGAAAAUGUAGGAAAAUACAGUGGUGAGAAUGGUUCCUCAGGUCAUGGGGAGAGGUAUUUAAAACAAAAAAGAAAAGACCUUUAUGAUAAGAUGAUUUGGGUUAUUGACCUCAACCAGCUCCUUCAGACAUAAGUUUAUCCCUUUUAUUUGUCACUCUGUUCACCUCUUUACAUGGACAGAUUGGAUAAAUGAAUAUGAGCAUGAUAAGAUGAGAAUGGAGUUAGUGCAGCAGGCAGACCUCAUAUUUAAAACAGGCCAACUAUUCAAACCAUUAACCUAAGGACUUAAGGCUUUGAUAGAAAACAAAUGUUUAAACUCUAAAGCCUGUUGCCUCUGUUGGUUGUGUGGGAAUUUAAAUGCUAUUAGGACUCUAGUAAUGGAGUUUUUGUUUGUUUGCUUUGUUUUGAGAUUUGAGUUUAUCUAACUAUUUUGGAGAAAGGGUAUUCAUGAUGGCUGCAUGAAUAUCAGUUAUCUUCUCUGAUUUUGGUUUGUUUGUUUACAGGAAUGCUACAGUGCCAAUUUUAAGUGUAAAAAAAAAUGUACUAGCUCCUUAUAUGGUUUGUGGGUUCUUACCAUAGCGUAAUAAUGCACCCAGAUCAUCACCACAGACAGGAUAUCCCCUUUCGCAUCGUUACCCCUAAACCCACUGUGGAAUUAAAGGAGUUACAGAUAUAUUGUAGUUACAGCAUUCAUUUAGUGAAGUGAAAUUAGGAUUAAUGAGAUGUAUUGUCAAUUUUUCAUAUUCAUUUCACACCCUCCAGCCAUUUAGUAAAUCCCUUUAUCUCUGUGUAAAGUGUAAUUGUUAAAAAUAGGUCCCAUCAGGUCAUCCCCAUGCUGCUAUUUAAAAAGAAUCUUAGUGGAGGGAAAAGGGAUAUGAGACAACUGUCACACUUGUUUUCAGUUUCCUGUCUCCAUAUAAAGUUUUAAUGACAAACAAAUGGUUAGGUUGUUUCCUUUGCAUAAUAAAGCCCCCUGUGCUGCUCUGGUUGC